GCGAGGGAGUGCGAAUAUAUAAACAGCUACGAUGGCGCCAUUAUACCCGUCUUCAUCGCAAUUCAACUGGAUUCAAGACCAGCCAAUACGAACAUCUUCAUAAAUUUGAGUCAAUCAGUCAGCCUACUUGCCCAUAAUGCUUCCCAUCAAAACCCUCCUCGCGACUCUUCUCCUCGCCGGCAGUGCUUUCGCCGUCCCAGAGCCCAUCGACGACCGCUCAGUCGAGCACGCCGUCCGCGACGCUUCCGCCAACCCCGAAGCUGAGCCAGAGGUAGCCAAUCUCGCCAAACGAGCAUGCAAGUGCACCAAAGUGAAGAACGCAGGCUUGUACUGUGGCUACUGUGCCGCCGUCAUCUCUGGGUGGAAGCAUGACAAUGUUUACUGGUGCAAUAAGGCUGGUGGUUGCGAUGACUUGGGUAGAAGGACGAGCUGUGUGAAGACGGAAGGGCCGUGUGAUGGACGGGAUAGCUGA